CCUGAAGAUUCGACCAGCAAGGAGCCUUCUCUCAUUCGCUGUGCAGCCUUCGCGGAGAGCAGACGUCCUUCAGCCAGGCUCCAUCCAUCUCUGUAUCUCUUCAUUCAUUCAUCCACGCACCUUUCUCUUUUCAAAUUUGUCACAAUGCCAUCACUUCCUGCAGAAGCUGAAAUGGAUGCCCUCUCUUGCCCUCACAUCUCAGCCAGCUGCAUCCCCAAUGGGAUUCUGGAAAAGGAGUCCAAUGGCACCCUAGAGAAGGAAUCUUCUAACACCACAGAGAAAGAGAGAAAGUGGAUCAGGCCUGAUGCCCCAAGCAAAUGUACCUGGGAGCCUGGAAAAUCUCCCUCUGAAUCACCCCAUCACCAUGUUACAUUAACAAAGGCUCCAAAUAUUAUGCCAAACAUCCUCAAGAAAAUUGGUGACACUCCCAUGGUGCGAAUCAACAAGAUUGGAAAGCGCUUUGAUCUUAAGUGUGAACUUUUGGCAAAAUGUGAGUUUUUCAAUGCUGGAGGAAGUGUGAAAGACCGGAUCAGCCUAAGGAUGGUUGAAGAUGCAGAAAGGGAUGGCAUUCUAAAACCUGGGGAUACUAUUAUUGAACCAACUUCAGGGAAUACAGGGAUUGGACUGGCCUUGGCAGCUGCAGUGAAAGGCUACCGCUGUAUCAUUGUGAUGCCAGAGAAGAUGAGCAUGGAAAAGGUGGAUGUGCUGCGUGCUCUCGGGGCUGAAAUUGUGAGGACUCCAACUAAUGCUAGAUUUGACUCUCCAGAAUCUCAUGUUGGGGUGGCAUGGAGGCUGAAAAAUGAAAUCCCCAACUCUCACAUACUGGAUCAGUAUCGCAAUGCCAGCAAUCCUCUGGCCCACUAUGACACAACAGCAGAGGAGAUCCUACAGCAGUGCGAAGGAAAUAUAGACAUGAUUGUGGCUGGAGCUGGAACAGGAGGCACCAUCACUGGCAUUGCCCGGAAAAUAAAGGAGAAAUGCCCAGGAUGCAAAAUUAUAGGUGUUGACCCUGAAGGAUCCAUCCUUGCAGAACCUGAAGGAUUGAAUGAAACAGACAAAACUAGUUAUGAAGUGGAAGGGAUUGGAUAUGACUUUAUACCUACAGUUCUGGACAGAUCACUGGUGGAUAAAUGGUAUAAAUGUAAUGACGAGGAAACGUUUGCUUGCGCACGCAUGUUAAUCAGAGACGAAGGACUGUUAUGUGGUGGCAGCUCUGGCAGUGCAAUAUCCGUUGCUGUCAAGGCUGCCAAACAGCUGAAAGAAGGCCAGCGGUGUGUUGUCAUCCUCCCUGACUCUGUCAGAAACUACAUGUCCAAAUUUUUGAGUGACAAAUGGAUGACCCAAAAAGGGUUCAUGACAGAAGAGGACAACAUUAUUAAUAAACCUUGGUGGUGGCACUUGAAAGUUCAAGAACUCAGUCUCUCUGCCCCUCUGACAGUACUACCAAGUGUCACUUGUGAAAAAACAAUUGAAAUACUCAGAGAGAAAGGAUUUGACCAGGUACCAGUUGUUGAUGAAUCAGGAGUGAUUUUGGGAAUGGUAACCCUGGGCAACAUGCUUUCUUCAGUGCUUGCUGGCAAAGUACGCCCAUCGGACCAAGUCCAUAAAGUCAUCUACAAGCAGUUCAAAAAGAUUCGGCUGCAGGACAACUUGGGAAAGUUGUCUCAUAUUUUGGAAAUAGACCACUUUGCUCUAGUGGUACAUGAACAGAUUCAGUGCAUGGAAAAAAGAUGGUCUUGGAUACCUAAUGCUUCAUUUACCAACUUUACAGUGACUUUUCCUCCUGUCUGCCUUCUAUAUGACAGACAUAUGAAAACACAUCUGUGUCCUAACAUGACUUGUGUGGGAUGACCUCCUUCAUGCUUGUCUAGGAUUAUAAAGUUACUGUACAUGAACAGGAAUGGGGUGGAUGCCAAACAUAUUCUGUCUUCUGGGAGAAACCAGCAGUAGAGUCCUUCAUUCAAAGGUAGUGGGACAAGUGUCUUAGACUUUAAAGUACUAUAAAACACUGAAUGUCAAUAUUUGUAUAUUUUGCUAUUCUGCAAAGACCAAAUCAAAUUUCCUGAAUUGUAAUGCUAAUUUUAAAUUAAAAGUUUUCAUUAUGAUUUUUAGUUCAGGUGUAUGUGUGUAUAUCUGUAUACUUAAACAGUAACUCUGUACACAGUGUCAACUUUCUCUAUAUUUUGAACAUGGCUGAAUAGCUAAUGUUACUUUUUUUUUAAAAGUUUGGUAAUAAAACCCUUUAGACUUAAUGGGAGAUAGUGGAAAGGCAAAGGCAUUUGACUUUUUAUUUUCUCAAGUUAAUUUGUCAAUCUGAAUUAUGUUUUUCCUUUUGUGGCAUCAUAUAACUUGUACUGGAAGUUUUUAAGAAUCAUGUUACUGAUAUUGUUAAUUUUUCCAGGGAUAGCUCUACUUGUGGUCUAUGUCAGAAGACCCUUCUUGCCAUAAACCAUUGCACACUUAUGUGUAUAGAAGCUCACUAAUAUAGAGCUCAGAUUUUGAAAGGUAUAAAAACUACUAGAUACGAUCUUUUAUGUUCUGUCAGGUUGGUCCCCCUUUAUAGCAGAAAAAUUUAGCCCUGAGAUCUUGUUCUGAGCAUUAGCAUUUGGGGCUCUUUAGUAUUGUGAAAAGGAUAUGCUAAAGUUCUGUUCUUGUGUCAUCAUUGUUCCAUAUGCUGUAUAAAAAGCUAAAUAAAUUCUGAUUAUUUCUGA